CGAGGAUAGAACGUGUCGCUUCGUCGGGAGAGGGAUCUCCCUCUCCUCCCCUCUCGCCAUUACCGAGAGAGCCGAGCAGAUUUCUUUCGAAGGGCACGAUUUCAGUUUUCAAGGACCUUGUUGUACCGUCCGCCAGCUUGUUCGCGUGCGCAUCACUUCGGCGGACAAAAGCGUCGGGCAAAAUCUGCCGGUGCGAUCGCGUCUCUCAUUUAACACUUCGUCCCGCUGAUGUACAUCGUAAUUGUAUCUUUAUCAUCGCAGUGAUACAAGCUCGGCUCGGUAUCUCGAUGGCGUCGCCGACGCGACGCCACCAUCGGCAGCAGGGGGAGGGGGGGAGGACCGAGAGCGGUCGCAGUUCUACCUCGGAUUCCAGCGCGUCCGAACGAUCGAAGCGCGUCAGAGUUACGUCAAUUCGCGAAUCGUAAAGAUCUCGGAUAUUUCGCCGGCUGUGUGUCCUCGCCGAGGAGAUUACGAAGGAGAGUGCAGGAGACGGUUACGUGGUUGGGAAAGAGAGAGAGAGAGAGAUAGAUAAAGAGAGAGCGCCAAGCGAGCGGCGACGUUGGCGGCCAUGAUGGAUUUCGGCGCGAGUGAAGCUCGAGAACGCGAGUCGUUUCCGUUGCCGAUCGCGCGGCUCGAUUCGCUCGGUAUCCUUCGUCUACGGCGAGAAGUCGUCCGGAUAUCGCGUUCAUUCGCACCGAGUGAGAUACGCGUCAUCGUGAAGGCGGAGUCCGAUCGGCCAGCGAUCAACAUGACGGGCAUGCUGGAGAAAUACGGUCGCUCCAGCGAUUAACCUCGCUUUCGCGAGCGUUGCGCGACUUGGGCGCGCAUGCGCGGUCGUGGGAAAGGAAGCCGCGACGCAGGCGUGCGGCGCGCGGGUAUACGAGUGCGUCGACCGUUCGUUCGGUGAAUCCUGGAUCGCGCGCUGCCUGUUGCUGCAACCUGUUGCACCCACGAUGAAUGGUACCGCGUGACGAUAGGAACGUAAUAAUUAACCGCAUGAAAAUACAGAAAAGUCCGGAAGUAGAGACGAACGCGGAUACUUGGACCAAAGACACGACAAAAACUGCGGAGUUUUUACCAACUAGCUACGCCGAGAACUCCGCACCGCCGAGUCAGCGCAAUGCAACGGACAAAGAAAAGAUCUUGCUCUCCACCGACGAGAAGAAAACCGCGAUAUCUUGGAAAAGGACGGGAGAUUACAGCGAGGAAGUCAUGAAGUCCGACGAACCGCACGUUCCUAGCGACGUUAGUUACAUGUACGAGAUCCUAUCGAAGCAGGGAAAUCUCCUCACAUCUGUCUGCCGUAACCUGGGCAACCGACUGUUCAAAAUGUGGUCAGCGACGAGCGGCAACGCGUCGGGUGACCUGCGUUACGUGAAAACUGUGCGGAGCGUGAGUCAGACGUACUUCCGCACCUUCGGCCGCGUCAACACGAACAAGCAGUCCGCGAACACGGUGACGUUGGAGGGUUGCACGAGGCGGAGGGGCGCCUCGGCGGCCGACUCGAUUGAGCUGGACUUCCGGAAUGUCAAACACUACUCGGUUUUCUCCGGUCAGAUCGUGGCCGUUGAAGCUACGAACCCGGUGGGCGAUACGCUCUACGCGAGGGAGAUAUUCGCGAAGGCGUACGCGCCGCCGACGUGCGCACCCAGGAUCGAGUCGAGUAUCAACAUCUUCGUCGCGGCCGGUCCGUUCACCGCAUCGAACAACAUGCAUUAUCAGCCGUUGUGGGACCUGAUGGAGAAGGUCGCGUCCGACGAGCCACACGUCCUGGUGCUCAUUGGACCUUUCCUCGAGUACACGCACCCUGAGAUACAGGAUGGCCUCCUCAAGAACACGCAUCAGGAACUCUUCGAGAAGACUCUCGCGAAGAUAAUGGAGUCAGUGAAGAGGAGCACACAGGUCGUGUUGGUGGCUUCUAAUCGUGACGCGUAUCAUGAACCUAUUUUUCCCACUCCUCAGUAUACCAUUUUUAAUAGAAAGUUGUUUCAAAACUAUUCAAAUUUGAAAUUGAUGCCGGAUCCCUGUAUAUUGGACGUCUCUGGCUUGAAAAUUGGUAUCACGUCAGUCGAUGUUAUUAAGCAUAUCGGGAAAGAAGAGAUAUCUGAUAUAUCCGGCAUGGAUAGACUCGGCCGCCUGGCUGAUCACGUGCUCGCACAAGGAUGUUUCUAUCCUGUUUAUCCUCCGUCUGAGGAUCUGAACGUCGACACGGAGCUGUGGGAAAAAUAUGCAUUUUUCGAUCAACAGCCACAUGUGUUAAUUCUGCCGUCCGAUAUGCGAUGUUACUGCAAAGUAAUCAACGAGUGCGUGACUCUCAAUCCGGAACGCAUGUAUAAACACGCCUAUGCUAGAUUGUGUAUAAAACCUGCCUUCUACGACAAGUGGAGUUCCGAUAACGUCUUGUGCGAGAUCGUCAAAGUUUGAUGAUUCCAAGGUACAACAUAGAAAUGAUAUCUAUCUCGACCAAGUAUAAAGGGUUCAAUGCGACAAUGCUUGACUACAUUUUUCGAACAGUCGAUUUUAUUUCUUUAAAAAUUCGUGAAAAUAAGUUCAAAUUUAUAAUUUAAAAUAAAAUACUUAAAAAUGAGAACUUAAUUUACAAGUAACUUGAAUUCAAUCUAAAUAAUUUUUUUAAGUUUUGAUGAAGUUGGUUAGACUAGACUGUGUAACAUUGUUACAUUGAACUUUUCAAUUGUUCGAAGAGUAUAUCCAACACACUACAUGGCGAAUGUGAGUAUUUUUAUACUGAUCGAGGACCCGUAUGAAGCGGUAAUACUUUAGUAUUGUACAUAAGACACGUUAAGAUACACGUACGUUGCUUAGUUAUCCCACCUUGGCAUCGUAUGUUUCGUCAUCGAACGUGUAAAAGUGUGCAGUUACAUUUUUCCUAAUAUUAUAUUAAAAAAAAGCAAUUAAAUUUGUUACAUUUUUAAA